UCUCAAGCUCUAAAAUAUCCCACCUAUCUUUCAAUCCCCAUCUGUUAUUUCAAUUUAUCUUUGUAUAUUAUAAAUUUCUUCAAAUUCUUGUUUCAUUUUCACAAAAGAGAAUGGGAAAUGCUAUAAGGUAUUUAGCUCAUGAGGCAAUUCAUCAUCAUCAUGCACAUGGAUCAACAACUUCCACUGCUGGUGUUUCAGCUCUAGCUCAUGAUCUAAAUCAGUUUGAGCUCACAUCUGAGGUUCCUGAAGGCCUUAGUCAACUUGUUGUAUCAUCAAAGAAAGCUCAAGCUAAUUGGUACACCAAACUACUUCAGACAUGGCAAGAAGCAAUACCGGCACCGGAAACACCGGAACAAGUAUCUGCGCUUGUCAUUCAGACCCUAAAGCAUCACAAAAAGGAUGAUGUAGAGGGAUUCUUGAAGUUUUACGGACUUCCGCUUCAAGAUAACCCGCAGGUUGAAAGUCCUGAUCCUGUCGUGAUAAAUCCUACUUCAGUACCGGAAGGAGUGAAGUUUGAAUUACAUACACUUCCGGUGGAUGCAAAAGCUAUUCCUGACGGGGAUACCAUAACUGUCUAUGUUAGCGCUUCAGAUCCUAGAGAAGCACCCAGUGUACCCAAGGCUGUACAAGUUGCAGCAUCACAACGAGCGAAAGCACGUGCAUCCAAGGAUUAUCCAAAGGCAGAUGCACUUCAUAAGACCAUUAUUGAGGCUGGUUAUAGAGUACUAACUGGUUCCAACGAUGAGGACAUCCUUGCCAAAAAGUAUCGGGUUCGAUUGAGUGGAAUUGAUUGCCCAGAGAGUAAAAUGCCCUACGGACAAGAAGCAAAGCAAGAACUUGUUAAGCUGGUUCAAGGAAAAUGUUUGAUAAUUCACGUGUAUACUGAGGAUCGGUACGGUAGACUUGUAGGAGACAUCCAUUGCAAUGGAAAAUUUGUACAGGAAGUGAUGCUCAAGAAAGGGUGUGCAUGGCAUUAUGCAGCGUAUGACAAGCGCCCUGAACUCAUAAAGUGGGAGAAUGCGGCUAGAGCUAAACAGGUUGGAUUAUGGGCGUCGCCGAACCCCCAAAAGCCAUGGGAAUGGAGAAAAAACAAACGCGACGGAAACCGCUAACUUGUAGUACUUUAUACAGGAAGUCCAAACUGAAAUUGUAAACGUAUAUAUAUUGCAUUGUUGUAAAAGUAAACACGAAUAUGAAUUUGUUGAAAUUCUAAACUGAAAAUAAAUAUAAAUUUGUUGAUUAGCACUA